AUGCGUAGUUCCACUGACCACCCUGUAUGUCAUAUUAUUAUAAAAUCAUAUCAUAUUACAGAUGUGAAUGGUGUUUUUGUUUGUCCAAGUGUAGUUUAUGGUUCAUUGUGUUAUUGGACUACAACUAAAGAACUUUAUAAUGAUAUUAAUAGCAAAUGUGCUAUAAAUGGUGGGGAAUUCACUUAUUUUCCAGACAUUUAUACAAUCGAAAAUCUUGAAGUUCUAGUCAAUAAUAGUGAUUUUCUCCAGAAUACGAGCGAGAUAUAUGUAAAUCUUACGAAAAAAUCUCCUGGUGUAUGGGUUUUUAAAGAUGGAACAGAAGCGCUUCCAAACCUCUGGGCUUCUAGAGUACCACCCACAAAUGAUCCUGGAUGCACUUACAUGAAUUAUGUGUAUACUCAAUAUAAACUAAGGUUAGGCGCUUGUAAUAAGGCUUUCCGUGGGCUUUGUGGACGUCAACUUAAUGUUUCCAAUGAAAGAUUUGCAGUCAAAUCCGGUAGACUUCUAAACAACACCGGACUGACGAUGCAGUCACCAACAAUAGCCCAUUGUUCUUUAGCCUGCUUUCAGACGUCAUGGUGUCGAUCUUGUAAUUACCAAAUUGCUGAACAUCAAUGUGAACUCAAUUUAAAAACCAAGGAAGAAGAAUAUUUAAGUUAUUUUGUAAAUAGUGUUGAUUGGAAAUACAUUAGCUACUCUGUUGAUUAUUGA